AAAAAAAAAUGAAGAUUAUAAUUCGAGAGUGAUUUAAGCUGGCAUAUACAAUAUGUAUAGAGGAAUAUCAUUUAUUGUAAUUUAUUCCUUCUCUACAUUUCUUACUGAAUUUGAAUGUGCUUGUACUCUUCCGUCACAACUGACAGGAAAUUGGUGGGACAGUCGAACCAAUGGAGUUGUUACUUUUAAUUCAUUGGCAGUUUCAAGUGGCUGGCAACUCACAAUCAAUGCUGCUAUAUGGAACACUUUUACCUGUGUUGAAAGUGAUUCCUCUUAUCUAGUAUUUCGAAGUGAUACUCACAAUCAUUUGUUCGGAGUGGAUUAUUAUGCCGUCUAUUGUCUGGAAUAUAGUAGCCUAACAACCAACAGCUAUUCAUAUUAUGUGCGGUCUAGCCAGUAG